UAGGGCUGUAACUGCUGUGAAGCUAAGGUUGAAAUGUCAUUGUUGUCCCUCCUUUCACUGACAAGUUUGGCCCACACACAGGCGCUCUAACUCCCCACCGAGAUAACCAGACAUCCAAAUCGAUUCCCUUUUGCCUUCUUCCAUCCAAAUCGAGCACGCUGAAACCCUAGCGUCAAGGCAGCCCAUGGCGGCGGCGGCGCCUGCGGUGGGUCAAGGCAGGCGGUGCGCACAGGGGCAACGCAGGCGCGCGGCCUCGUCUGGGCGGGCAGCUGCGCCUCAGGAGCGCGAGCGCGUGGGGCAACGGCCGUGGCUCCGGUGGCCAGCCCACGUGGGGCGGGGCGACCGCGCCUAGUGGGCUAGCACGGGGGCGUGCGGCCGCGCGUGGGGCCCACCGCACCGGCAGCAGACAUCCCGCGGGGGCUGCUGCUCCUGGAAGCUGUUCGCCGUGCUGGGUGACCAUGGCGCCUACAGAUGCAACUCCAUCUUGGCUUGAACCAGGGUAAGAAACCUUCCCCUUUCUGUGUAUGAAUUGUUUGAGACUGGCAUUAGAUGAUUCGUAGUAGAAAUUGUUUGCACUUGUAUCUUUUGAUGCCAACUUGAUUUACAGGAUGGACCCUAAGUCAAGUUAUUUGUUGGAAAUAAGACUUGCUUGCAAUCCUAGAACUAGAAAGGAGGUUUCUUGCUUUGUUGUUAGUAAGGUUGUAGAUGGACAUAAUUGGAUCUAUCCAGUUGCUCUUGGAGUGUUUGACUCUGAAACAAGUGAAAACUGGGGCUGGUUUAUGGAAAAACUUAGAGAUGCCAUAGGUACACCACCUGGUAUGGCUAUAUGUACAGAUGCUGGACAAGCUGUGAUGGGUGCAGUGAAAGAUGUCUUUCCAUCAGCUAAACAUAGAGAGUGCAUGUUCCAUUUAGUGUACAACUUCAAGAGAAGGUACAGCGGUAAGGUAUUUGACGACCAUCUAUGGGCUGCAGCUUAUUCAUGGUCUCCAUAUUUCUUUGAGAAGAAUUGGAAAGCAAUGGAAGAGGCUAGAGCAGAUGCAAUGGAUUACAUAAGGCAGAGCCAUAAAAGGAUAUGGACAAGAAGCCAAUUUUUAACUCAUUGCAAGGUAGACUAUGUCACUAACAAUCUAGUAGAGAGUUUUAAUAAUUGGAUAAAGCACUACAAAGGUUUAAAUUUGGAUGAUUUUAUGGACAAGAUCAGACAACUUCUCAUGGAAAAGUGGGAUGCAAGGAGGACAGCAUCCAGGAAGAUUGAUGGAGAUAUUUUGCAACACAUCAGGAAAAAGUUAAAGGAGCAGAGCUUCAAUUUGGAUAUGGAUGUGUCUAGAUGCUCAGAUGAAAUUGCUGAAGUGUGUGCUAAAGGAAGCAAUGGCUACAGGUGUGUGGUGAACCUACAAGAAAAAACUUGUUCUUUGUAGAAAAUAUCAGGUCUCGGGCAUUCCAUGCUUACAUGCUAUAGCCUUCAUCACUUCAAUAAGAGAACCUUUGGAGAAGUAUGUUCACCCAUAUUAUUCAUUUGAGAGGUUUAGAGCUGCAUAUGAGAAUCUGAUCCCUGCGCUCACCGGCAAGUCCGAGUGGCAACAAUCUGACCAUGGCUUCUUCAUGUAUCUACCUAUUCUCAAAGCUGUCGCUGGUAGAAGAAAGAAGGAGAGGUUCAAAGGAGCUGCUGAGAGUAGUGGCAGUACAACACGCAAGAAAGGGCAGCAUAGAUGCGAUAUUUGCCAAGGAUUUGGACACCAUUGGAACACAUGUAAAAAUGGUGACCCAGCUGACAUAGCAGCCAUGCUAGCCGAGAGGGGGCCUCCUAAGAAGAAAAAGAAGCAAAGCACAAAACAUGUUCAAGAAUCAAUCGAGAGCAGUAUUAUAGUUGCUGGCUCAACUUCUUCAGGGCCCACACCCAUGUGUUUUCCACCAAGCCAAGCAAGCUCCAAAUUAAGUUCUGGAAGGUCAGGAUGUGACUCCAGCCAGCCUGAACCACUCUCCAUCGAGUACCCUUUACCUUGUCAAACAACAACUGAUACCUCCAAGCAAGAUAACCAAAAUGCACAACGGAAGGGAAAGGCAACAAAGACCAAGGCUAAGAAGCAGCAAAACUUGGUGCCACCUCAUAGUCCUGCAAUGUGUACCAGAAGCAAGGCUCCUAAUAGCCCAGCCAGCCCAGCAAUGAGCACUAGAAGCAAGAGAAAAAUUCUGGACUAAAUGUCCAGCUAUGGCUUGUGGACGUUAUUUUGCUUGUUUUGUAAAGUCUGUGUGAUGAGGUUUGCAUGACUUUUGUGAUGAGAACCUUCUCAUUCUGCUUUGUACAAAAUCGUGGUCCUCAUGUGGUCUGUGUAAGAGCUCUCUGUGUGUAAUGAUCCUUCGGUUGCUACUCACUUUGGUUGUAUGUGAUGGGAAUCAGACACCCAUUUGGUCAGAUGAAACGUUUAACAUGCAUGAAAAAUUGCUACUAAGCAUUUAUGUGAGAUAUUUGCCACUUGUAUUUAGUUUCA